GGAAACUGCGGUAAGCGGAGGGGGGAUCACAGGCAGAGAUGAGAUUGAUGGGAUUUUUGUGGAAGGAGUGAAGGACGCUGCAAGUACUCCCGAGCUAUGGCGUUGCUGUGCUACAACAAGGGCUGCGGGCAGAGGUUUGACCCUGAGCACAAUGCCAAGGAUUCCUGCCUGUAUCACCCAGGCGUCCCCAUCUUCCACGAUGCCCUGAAGGGCUGGUCUUGUUGCAAGAAACGUACAACAGACUUCUCCGAGUUCCUCUCCAUAAAGGGAUGCACAAGGGGGUUUCACAGAAAGGAGAAGCUCCCUGAGCCUUUCAGCCAAGAGGUGACCUCAGACAAGCCGAAGGCCAAACCAGUGGAGGAGCUCAUCAUCCAAGGACCAAAAUCAGCUGAGAAGAUGCAGCGGGAAAGACCAAGCUCUGAUGAGCCAAGACAACUGCUACCAAUUAAAGUAUCCAGGUCUCUGGAGCAGGCACUGGAGAAACUGAACCUGUCCUCCAAGGAUGAGGCACCGGAGGGCAGUUGCGCAGGGGAGGCGACUGCCCAGGUGAGAGCUGGUACCACCUGCAAGAACGCAGCCUGCAAGGCAAUCUACCAGGGCCUGGAGAGCAACACAGAGGUUUGUACUUUCCACCCUGGCGUUCCUGUCUUCCAUGAGGGGAUGAAGUACUGGAGCUGCUGCGGAGUCAAAACAACGGACUUCAGCGCCUUCCUGGAGCAGCCAGGCUGCAGCAGGGGGUGGCACUGCUGGACAGGGAAGGGGGAGAAGAAGGCAGUGUCGUGCCGGCAGGACUGGCAUCAAACCAGCAGCCAGGUGGUGGUGACGGUCUAUGCCAAGAACCCCUUACCUGCCCUCAGCAGUGUGAAAGCCAACCGCACCGUGCUUGAGGUUCAUAUCAUCUUUGAAGGGAAUAAGAUUUUCCAGGCAGAACUGGAUCUCUGGGGGGUCAUCGAAAUAGAGAAGAGCUUUGUGAGCAUGGUCCCUACCAAGGUGGAGAUCAUGCUUUGCAAAGCCAGCCCUGGCUCCUGGGCCAGGCUGGAGCUCCCCCAAAGCAGGUCGCAGUCCCGUAGUGGGCAGAAGGAGGCUGCCAACACAGAGGAGCCUGGGGCAGCGCAAAGGGAGGACUCAGAUGACAGCUUGAGCUGGUCGGAGGAGGAAGAUGAGGAGCUGGAAAUGGGAACAUCGAACAACUGA